CGCCACAAGUGUAUGAAGUGGCAUGGAAGCUGCGACCCUGCGGAGCUCCAACUCACCCACAUUCCCCCCACACCCCUACUUGGCGUAUCAACACCGGCUUGGUCGCGAUGCUGAUUCCAAAGCAGCUCUCUGCUGCGUCGAUUCUUAUAGUUUCCUAGGAUGGAUGAAAGGUGAAAAUGGAGCUGCCCUGCGGAGCCAGCAGGAGGAGGGAGGUCGACGUCUUUACGCGGAAUGGGAAGUUACCUAUUGCGGAGUUGACCCACUGCGACGAGAGGGAGGUGCGGUGGGGUGGGGUCGGGGAGGGAAGGAGGGGGGAGGUAAGGACUGGGAAACAAUUGGGCUCCUGGUGGUGGUGAAUGAUAUGCAUAAGAGCUUGCUGUGUAGGAGAGGAAAGAACAUGGGUUUCCUGAAAGAGUGGCGACCGUUCCUCCCUCCCUAACUCUCACUUUAGCCUUCCACUCUCGAG